AGCUCGCAGUCCUGACAUCAUGGUGAACUUCACUGCUGAGGAAAAGGCUCUGGUCAAUGGCCUGUGGAGUAAGGUGAACGUGGAAGAUAUCGGUGGUGAAGCCCUGGGACGGCUUCUCGUUGUCUACCCAUGGACUCAGAGGUUCUUUGACAGCUUUGGGAACUUGUCUUCCGCCUCUGCCAUCAUGGGCAACCCGAGGGUCAAAGCCCAUGGCAAGAAGGUGCUGUCUUCUCUUGGAGAAGCCAUUAAGAACCUAGACAACCUCAAGUCUGCCUUGGCUAAACUCAGCGAACUGCACUGUGACAAGCUACAUGUGGAUCCUGAGAACUUCAAGCUCCUGGGUAAUGUGCUGGUGAUUGUUUUGGCCAGUCACUUCGGCAAGGAAUUCACGCCCGAAGUGCAGGCUGCCUGGCAGAAGGUGGUGGCUGGGGUGGCCAAUGCUCUGUCCCACAAGUACCACUGAGCCCUCUCUCUAGAUGUCCAGCAAUUCUGUGUGUCCCCUAUGCUCUCUUGAUGCACAAGAGUACUGGACUGGUCCUUGAGAACACAGGUUGUUUAAUAAAGAUCAUUCAUCUCAGUAAC